CACACCAUCGUCGUCAGUUGGACGGUAGUAACCGACUUAGUUGGACGUUCUUGAGUUUCGCAGGCGUUUUGUGUGGUGAAGUUUUCGAGGUGAAAGUGAUUUUUGCUAUCAUCCACACAAAACUCGCACAAGUGUCCACUAAAAGACUCUCUUGGUGGUGUUGGGAAUUUUAAAAUUCCCCCCCAAAAAAAAAGCUCUCAUGUACCAAGUUUCGCAGAAACAUUAGAAACAGCAUUUUUGAAAGAUUUUCUUGAAUUUGUGCUUUUUUUUCCUCCAAGAUAUCUCGUGAGAAAAGAAUAUUUUUUUCCAAGAGACUCGUGUGCUUUUGAUGAAAAUUAUUUGCCAAAUAGUGUGCUUGUUGCUGGAACCAUAAGUCUUUUCGGUGUUGGUGUUUUAGAGAAAUACAAUACGCGGUGUCUCUUCUAUAUAUACGUGGAAAGACUCCACACUACACGUAAAUAUAGCCAAGUUUUAUUGUGGAAUUUUUUUCUUCUUCCAAAGUGAUUCACGGUGAAUGAAAAAAAAGGCAAAAGAUAAGAAGUUUGGUGUAUCAAAUUCCAUAUAAUACAUAUAUUUCUGAGAAAAGAGAAUUUAAAGAAAAAAGAGUGUGGUGAAUAAUUCGCCAAGAUGGUUGAGGAUGGAGUGAAAAACUUGUAGAUCGGUGUGAUCACAGCGUCCUGAAUCAGCUUCCACCCGCUUGAGGAGGUGGGACGAAACGUGGCUCACCUUGGGACUUUUUUUUUCUUCAACCAUCAUCGUAACGUCUUAAGACAUCGCAGAGUUGAAGCCAACGAAUUUUGCAACAAAACCCGCAAGUGUACUGGAAAAUAACGUAUAGUAGUUAAAAAAGAAAAAUAAUGACGCUGAAGACGGUGUUACAUUUGAAGUGAUCUCUGACACAGGAAGUGUGUGGGUGAAAGAUUUCCCGCGGUGUGUGGAAAACAUGAGGAGGAGUUUGCAACUGGAGACGAUUGAAGCGAUAGCGAAGUAGAGGAAGAUUCUAAAAAAAAAGUGAUUUUUUUAUCUGUGCACCAUGGAUGACUCCCACUUGAUGCUGACUGAAAUUCCGGGUGGGCUGAUCAGCCAUCAGCCCCAUCAUCUACCACGGUAUGCACCGUACCACCUUCACCAGCCACACCUGCAACCAGCGCCGGCACCUCAGCUGUAUCUCCAUCCACCACCGAGGAUUGUUCAGCGCCCAAAAACGCCCAUUCCCAGUCCACCACCCGAGGGAACGCACAUUGGGCACCUCUAUCCCGAGCUCCUGACCAUGAUCUUUGCAAAGUUGAGUGUGCGAGAUCGCGGUAGGGUGGCACAGGUGUGCACAGCAUGGCGAGAUGCGGCAUACUCAAAGAGCGUAUGGAAAGGCGUCGAGGCGUCCCUGCACAUCCGACGCCCACCAGCAAGUCUCUUUAAUUCCCUCGUCCGUCGGGGCAUCCGGAAGAUCCAGGUGCUAUCGCUGCGACGGACCCUCAAAGAAGUCAUAACGGGUGUGCCAAAUCUUGAAUCACUCAACCUAAGUGGGUGCUACAAUAUCACAGAUAAUAAUCUCUAUCAAUCCUUCUGUAUGGAUAUGCAGCAUCUCAAGGUGUUGGAUCUUUCGCUGUGUAAGCAAAUCACAGACACAAGCCUUGGGCGAAUUGGGUCACAAAUGAAGAAUCUGGAGGUGCUGGAAUUGGGUGGUUGUUCCAAUAUUACAAACACAGGACUGAUGCUAAUUGCGUGGUCGCUAAAAAAGCUCAAACGGCUAAAUUUGCGAUCGUGCUGGCACAUUUCGGAUCAGGGCAUUGGGCAUCUUGCUGGUGUUGGCCCUGAAACUGAGCACACCCUCCCACUUGAAUAUUUGGGCCUACAGGACUGUCAGAGGCUCAGCGAUGAGGCACUGAAGUACAUUGCGCAGGGAUUGCCGUUCCUCAGGAGCAUUAAUCUCAGCUUUUGCGUCUCGGUGACGGAUAGUGGGUUGAAGUAUCUCGCCAAAAUGCCAAAGCUGGAGGAACUCAAUCUCCGUGCGUGCGACAACAUCAGUGACAUCGGGAUGGCGUACUUGACGGAGGGUGGUAGCAGCAUAUUCUCCCUGGAUGUUAGCUUCUGCGACAAGAUCGGUGAUCAAGCACUCAUACACAUCUCCCAGGGGUUGUUUCACCUACGAUCACUCAGCCUCAAUGCCAGCUGCAUCACCGACGAUGGACUCGAUCGCAUCGCAAAGUCACUCCAUGAUCUCGAGACUCUCAACAUUGGGCAGUGCAACCGCAUCAGCGACAAAGGGCUCAAGGCACUGGCUGACAAUCUUCAGAACCUCAAGGCGAUCGAUCUCUAUGGCUGCACGCGCCUCUCGGCGCAGGGUCUCGAACUUAUCAUGAAGCUGCCGAAGCUGGAGACGCUGAAUUUGGGUCUCUGGCAUGUAAGGUGAUUCAAUUGAUGUGCAUCAAGUCUGUGAUUGUAGUGAUAAUGACUCUAUAGGAACAAAUGUAGGAUAUGCGGGAGCUAACGUAACGAAUUCAAAUUAACAAUGAAUUGGGGAUACAUACUGUGUACGAAAAUAUCCCGAAUGCAGCACCAAUGUUUUUUUUUCUUUUCUUUUAUGUUAACAUAUAGCAUUUUUGUUCGAGAGAUCGAGAGAUUUGUAAGUUUUUCGGUUAAGAUUGGAUUAAAAAAAAUAUAUGUAAAGAAAAGCAUAAGUAUGUGAUGGCAAUGGUAUGAAAUUUCACAAGAAGACAUAUUACGAAGGGGAGAAAAAGACAACAGUGCAGCAAGAAAUGCUGAAUCAUAGAAAUGAUGACUGUUAUAUACAUGAAAUUAUGUAAGAAAUAAUGACAGUAACUCUCUGACAGGCGUUGUAGCGUUGACAGCUGUCAAUGUUCUCUUCUGUAUUGCAAAAUAUCCCAUAUGGGUUAGAAUUAAAUACUAAAACACGGCAGAUGAAGAAGAUUUGUUGCGUUCAGUAUGAAUGGAGAAAUUUUGCAAAGUUUAAUUUUGGAAUAAAAAGAAAUAUUAUUUUAGGUCAUAUAUUUGACAGCUGUCAGUGUCAAUUCCACAACAUCCGUCAAUGUUGCAUCUGUCACAAAUUAUAAAAAAAACCAAUAAUAAAUUUUUUAAAAUUAAAUCAAGAAACUUUUAAAAACUUCAUCACUGGAUCUUUAAGAAAAAUCUCAUAAUUUACAAUUAGAUCUCACAGUGACAAUUAGAUCGAGUUAAUUCUUUUAGUUUCCCUCUUUUCAACAACAUUAUUUCGUUAUUUUUCUUAAACACGAUGAAGAGGAAAAACACAGAGAAGAAGAAAUUCAAGAGAUAAAAUGGAGAGUGAGAAUUAGAGCUAGAAAUGGCACGAAAUAGUAUAUAAAUUAAAUUGAUAACGUGUCUCAAGCGAGAUUCUUGGAAGAAUGCCCUCGCGAGUGCAUUUGUCCGACAACAGGAGACGAUUAUUCAAUUUAAUUUUAUUAAUAUUUAUUUAAAGCAUCGUGUAGGGUUGUGUGCAAAAAAACGUUGAAGCAAAAUUUUCUGACAGGGAGAAUUUUUCUUUGCUGUGAGAACUCAAAUUUAUUUUAUGGCAAUUGUCAAUUUUUAUUUCUAUAUGAGGGGUUUGAGCCUCCUUUCCCGGGAAUUUUACCAUCUCCGUGUCUGUCUCAGAAGUUUUACAAAGUUGUGUUGUGUGUCCCUUAAAGUUGAUUUUAUUUCUCUUUCUCGCUCUUUUAUGAUAUUUUUUUAAGGAAAAAUUCUUUUACUUUAAGAAUAUUUAAAAAGGAAAUAUUCAUUUUACACUGAGAGAAAAAAGUUUUAAUUUUUCUUCUUUGGGGGAUGAAACAAGAUGGUGGUAGAUUCUACCAAAUAUACUGAAGAAGGGGUUCUGUAUUAGAGGACUCGGAGAAUGAAUUAAAAAUUAAAUAUUCGUCUAUAGUUUUUUGGGUGCUUUUGUUUAACUUCAAUUAACUUUUCUUCCCUUUCUUGCCAUUUUUAUCCAUUCCUUCCGUCUGUUGUUUAAAUUCAAAGCGGGAUUGUAUGUUUUAAACUCAAAGAACCUCACCAUUUUCAACCACCAUCCCCUUAAAUUUUCUCUCCCCUUUCUCGUCUAUGUGUGCUAUAUCUCUUCUUUUUUUUCGUCUGAGAAUUUUCACACAAACGCACACAUAGGGAAAAUCUAACAGAGAGAGAGAGAGCGAGAGCGAGAAAAUACAGUAAAGAGUUUUCUGGAAAAGCUGAAGGGAUUGUGUGUAGAGUAGAAUCGAAAAUUCAAGUGGUUGGGGGAGAAUUUCUCUCAGCAUGGAUUGUUUGACUUUUGCUGGCAAAGGUAGAAGAAAAUUCCUUAGAGACAGAGCGGCUGUGAAACGAUUUUUUUUAUACUGUACUUAUUCAUUUUCCACCCACCCAACUUUUUCCCUUUAAUACACACACUUUCAACCCUCGCACAACCCUCUCACGGGAGGCGAAAAAGAAAAUUAAAGGGGACAUCCUGAAAUUUACAAUGAGUCUCCAUUUCAGCGGAAAAUCCUUACUCUUUGUUUUUUGUUGAAUUUUUAUCUUCUGGGGCUUUUUCUCUCUGAAUUUUUAAUGUGAAUUUCAUCAAACAUUUAUUUAAUGUUCUGUUCCAAUUUUUUUUGUAUAUCUAUGAAUUUUCUUUGUUUUUCUUACUCUUUGACUUUUAUGUUGUUUUUUAGAAUACAUUGAUUAAAAGAAAAAUUGAAUUAAAAUCAAAAUUUUGACAGCAUUUCAAGAGAUAAAUCUUUCAACGAUCUAAGCAAAAUUUGUCGUCACUUGUAACAGCAAUCGUCGAAUUUGUUAAAGAAAUUUUAAAUCUAUACGACAAUUCCUGUUGCAAGUUGCUAAAAUUCAUUUUGAGUGUCCAAGAAAUAUGACACAAAAAAAUGGAAAAAAGGUUAAAAGACAUUGUCCUACCAAAUGAUUUAUGUUUAUUUAAUUUCAUAGCCAAGACAAUGAAAAGAAGGAAAACCAAGCGUACGAAAUCACAUUGAAUUGAUUUGCUAAUUUUCUUCUACUUGAUGGGAUAAGCUAAAAAAAGAAAAAAAGAACCGAUAUGCCAAUUAGAAGUGUGAUAAAAUUUUAAUUGAUGAGACACAUUGUCCAAAAAUUGAUGGUAAUUUUCUUCAAUAACUCUCGUUUUUUUUUAUCCAGUGUGUUUGUGCCUAAAUUUCCACGGAGCCGUGAUUUUUUUUAUGUUGUUUAUAAUGGUUAAUUUUUUCUUCAUUUUGUGCUAAAUACACCUCAAUGUGGGAAUUUAUUGCGCAAGUUUCUUUGGAUUUUCCUCUCAAAAGGAAAUUUUUAUAUUAAUUAAAUCCCCAUUCUAAAGACUUCGUGUGCAAUAAGCCCCCAAAGAGAUUGAGUGGAGAAUGAAAAAAAAAACGCAAGUGGGAAUUAUAUUUUUCAUUUAAUUUCGUUAUUUCUCGAAUAAAUUGUAGUACAAGGACAACGGAACACACAAUUGUUGUCUGGGGCUUUUACAAUAAGUUUUAUAUACUUAUACUUGCGCCCAGAUUGUUUUCUAUGUACACCCGCCACACUUAAUGCUCUCAAAAAGUAUAAAAGAAUAAUGAAAAAAUUAUUAUUUAGCAAAUUAAUUCAAUGCCUUUUUUUAUCUUGCGCGUUGAAGUUUUUUUUUUAUGCAACUCAAUAAGUCCAACUUACAUUUUAAUCUUCACAUAAUGUUAAUAGAGUUGUGCAUAAAUUAAGGUAUGUGCGCUGUAUUAGUUUGUAACAUGUGAGUAUGUUUCUUUUUCUUUGUAAACUUCUCUUUAUUUUUUCUAUUUUUUUUAAUUAUCUCAGUUAUUGAAAUGAAAACAACAAAUCAAAAAAACUUAGUUUUGUUAUAAAUUGAAUGGAAAAUGAUUGAAAAUUAAUGACGAAAUGCAAGAAAGAAAAAAACUGAAAGAAUAAGAAGUGAUUAAUAGGAAGAAUAUCAAAAACAAAUUGACGAUGUAGGAUUUUUUUUUCUUAAAAGAAAAAAAAAGAAGUUAUUGAAAUGGUAAAAGCUUUACACUUUGUUUCAAAAGAAAAUAAGGAUUGAUUUUCUUCUAUUAUAAUUUUUUUUGUAUAAUUAAUGCAGCACGAAUGUGUGCUAAUUGUGGGAAAAAAGGUGAAGAAAAAAAUCAACAAAACGAUUGAUUCUUCAGAAGUUUUUUCUCUCUCUCGAGGUAAAGCAGUUGAUUUUGGUGUUUGGAGGCAUUUUUGCAAUAUUUUUUUAUGGUUGCACUGAACAUUCCUCGCACCCAGAAUGCUUUUUAGGACACUCUUUUGCAUUUACUGAAGGCUAUUUUAUUUAUUAUAGGAAAGGAAUGUCUGAUGUGAGUCAGUUUUCUUUGAGAGUUUCUGUGAAUGGAGAAAUGCAAUUGAAGCUGUUAUUUGAGAAACAUCUUACUGCAAAUGAAUCAGAAGAUUUUUUUAAAAGUCAAGACUUCAAUUUUCAUUCAAUUUCUUAAACUUCAGUGUUUAUUUUCGAAUCCUGUAUAAAGUGCAUAAUGUUACGCUCCACGUUUAUUUUUUUCUUAAGAAGUAAGAAUCUAUUGAGCAUCUCUGCAGUUUCUUACCUAAAAGAAAACUUUUAUAUGGGCCCUUCUUGGAAUUUUAAUACCUACAUACCUGUUUUGAAUUAAUGCUACAUCCCUUCGUCUUCUCUCCAACAAAAACUCUUAUUCCCAAAAUGAUCUAUGCUGUGUGGUGGGAUUUUCGAGUGAAUGAUGAAUGAUUUUCUGUACGCUGCCACGUCCCUGCCAUUAGUAAUUAGUUUCAGAAAUUGUGGGUGGUUUCCCAAUAUGCCCGUGGUUUGGAUUUUCAAUCAAAUUUCUCGAUGAAUUUGGAGAAUAUUAUGUAGUUUAUUUUUUUGUCUCUCUCUAGCGAAGAGUGAAGGAUUCUCAGGAGAAGAUCCCAAAGAGAAGAAGACAAUUUUUCGAAGGAUGGUGUGAUUGCCAGCUGUGUGAAUGCAUUUCGGAUUUGUAUGCGUGUUUUAUGGGUGAAGAAGAAAAGUUGGAAGAAACUGCUGCUGAUGGAAAAAAAAGAGCCUCAACUUUGCCGUUGAAGUAUUUGUUGUGUCUGUUUUAUUCAUUUUUUGCUUUCUCCAUGGUAUUUUUUUUAAUUCAUUUUCUUCUCUCCAUCUUUGGUGCUAUUCUGGAUUUUUUUCACUGUCCUCAUACAUGAUGCUGAGGCAUUUUUUUCUACCUCCUUGUCGAUGGAUGAUGGACUCAUGAGAGAUGGUUUCAGAUUCAGAUGCGGUAUGGUGUGGUUGCGCGAAGGAAAAGACGUUAGGAAAAGAAGAAGAUGAAGAGGGAAAAAAAAACAGCCCAGACUGGCGGCAUGGAUUGCGUUCUGCUUAAGAGUGUCUUCUUCUCAUGAAUUCCCUUUGACUUUGGCAUUCUCCGUGUGUGGAUAAUUUUUCCUCCACUUGGGGAUGCUGUGUGGAUGCCAUGUUGGAUGUGAAUGCAACAGACGAGGUAGAAUAUCCCCGAGAAAGAGAAAUAACACUGUGGAUGAAGCUCCUUCGUCUGGAUGCCUCAUUCUUUUCUUCUCUCAAAAAGCCCGAAACAUACACUGAUUCGUGAUUAUUCUUGCUGUAUGGGUUUCUCCUCAUUUUCUCACUCCUCCGUCCCUCUGCAACUCCACCAUCCACCACAUAUAACUUUUAUCCAGCACUAUCGACACUGCUGCAUUUCUUGUAUAUACCUUACAGUGGUGGACAUAAGAAUUAGGUCACUUCUUCCUAAAUCUUUUCUACUUUAAAUUGCAUCCCAAGAUAAAUUGCAAUUUAUCUUAGGAGAGAUUUCCCUGAAAGAUGCUCAUUAACUUCGCAGCUUAUUGUCAGAGGAAUAGGAAGCUUCAAUAGUUAAAUUUCCUCAAAAAGUGAUCUAAAUCUUCUUCCAUGGAGUGUUUAUUGAAAAAUGCCGUACAUUAUGUAUGAGAGGCGGUGUAUAUAAAUUUCAGAGAUACGCGUAUUUUUAUUUUUUUUCUUAUUUCUCUCCAUAUUCUCUCGAUGUGUUGUGUUGUGAUGUGUUUUUUUUUUCUUCAUCAAGUCUCUUGCUCAAACGUCCGGCUCUGCAUCGAACAGUGAUCUGUGUACGAAUGGUGUGCGCGAGGAAUGGCAGUAUGUGUACAAAAGAAGUGUGGAGAGACGAAGGAAAAAUGUAUAGAAGAAAACCAAGGACGGUGUUUCAGAAACUCUCAAAAGUCAUCUCGCAGCUAUAUACGAACGAACGCUAUGAAUAAAUGUUCUUCCAACAAUAUAUUGGUCACUCUAUUCCGCUUUUUUUUUGUCAUGCUUCACCCCAUUUUUUAAAGAGAUCUCCUCAUUUUUUUUUUACUUUCCAUACCCAAGAUUUCUACAGAAAAGUGUCGUCUUGAGACGUUUUUUUGUGUGCGAGAAAAAAGAGGAGGGAAUAUGAAAAAGAAAUAUUCUUCUUACCUGGAAUCAAUCUGGACAAUAUAUAUAUAUUUUUUUCUUCACCUCUAUUCACCGCCAACACACCCAAAAAAAACUUUAUUUCUCAUAAACCUGUUGAGAGAAAAUUUUUCAAGUCUCGAUCUCCAACAUUAUAAAUUUUCUCUCGAAUGUGAAAUAUAUGUAUGUAUACAAUAUGAAUUUAAAAGUGGAUGAAAAAGGAGGAAAAAAGAACGCCGAGAAGGAAUAUGAAAUGACAGUAAGACACAGUUAAAAGUGUAAAACGACAUUCAACGAAUUAAAAAUGUGUGUGGAAGAUGGCGCAAAAAAGAGGUAAAGUUAUUCACUACACAAGGGAUUUUAAAACGAGAGGUGAAUAAAUCAAGGAAAAUAGCAAAAAGAGAAAAAUACAUUUUAAUAAAAAUACCAUUAACAUUUAAAGAAAAAAAAAAGACGAGAGACAUAAAAAUACAGACAUGAGCGAUUGAAGUGCAAGAAGAAAAUAGAGCUGGAAGGAACUUUUAAAAUGUAUCCAUGAGAAAAUAGUUGAAAAAGAAAGAAAUGAAAUAAUCCUAUUAAAAAAAUAGUUUUAAAAAAAUAAGGAAAUAAAGAAAAAAUAGAUAAUAAAAACACAUUAAACAGUGGACAGGAAAUUUGAAACUCUACCCAAAAGACACACUAAGGUGAACAUAAAUAUAUGCGUAAAAAAUGAUUAUAAGAAAAAAAGUAAGCAAAAAAAGUACGUACGUGUAAAUAAAAUGAUGAAAUGAUUUUUUUCUGUAAAAAGAAAAAGUAAAAAAAAUUUUUUCUUUUUUUUUUGGAUAAAUGAUUAAAGGUAGGAGCAAAGAUGUGAGGGAGGAUAAAAAAAAACAAGGAAUAGAUAGGAAAAUAUUUUAAAAUUUUAGGUUUAUUUGAGAGAUGAAAGAGAUGAGAAUAAAAGUAUUGUUAAAAAAUAUGGAAAUAAAAAAAUAUAUUGAUAUCA